AUGUCGUCCUCGCGAGCCAGCGGCUCGAGCCCGACCAGAGCCGGAGCGCAAGCGCAAGCGCAGCCGCCGCCUUCCUUGAUCACCUUCGAAGCUGACGCUCUCGACAAAGAGGAAGAUGGAGACUUUGGAGCGUUUGUCGAUCCUACAGAAGAAGCGAGCUUUUCUCCGUCCAAGGCUCAGCACGCUGUCUGGAGCACAAGUCAGGUUGCGGGAAACGCUGCAGCCAGCUCUUCUCGGACGAGCACCAAAACGAGUCCAAUUCAUCGCCCAAAGGUAGCAUCUGUCCAACAGCCACUACCACCACCUUCAUCAUCAGCAGAGGAAGAGGAGUGGGCCGACGCUUCAUAUGUGGACAAAUUCUCCAGCCCUACGCAACCUCGUGCGCCUGAUCUGCCUGACUGGGAUGAGCCUGGAUGGAGCGCGGGUCACGAAACUCGCAAGGCUGGCCAAAGCUCGAACAAUCAGCCUAGCCCUCCGCGUAACGCUCACAGCCUAUCCGGCAACUCAGCAGAUGAUGAGUUCUUCGCAGCGUUCGAAAGAGCCGCGCUGGAUGCGCAUGCUCAAGCCAGCGCAAGGGCUAGUCCUCCCAUAAUAGAUCUUCGUCCUACGGAGCGCAAGUUGGAAGAAGCUCGCAAGAAAUGGGACUCGUCAUCAGCGACGACAUCGACGAACAAUGCAGAGGAGGAUUUCUUUGCCUUGUUUGAAAGAGCGCCGCAAGAGACGUUGAGAAGGAAGAGAGAGACAGGCCCUGGGCUCUUGGGUGAUGAUCUGGAAAACAUGCAUGACGCGAGAUCGAGCCCUCUGGAAGUCAGAUUCAGCGCAUCUGGCACCGCUCCGCACGCAAGUAGCAGUCGGGACUACUUUGGUGCUGUGGCCGAUUCGAACGGGGGCGGAGGUCAAGCUCACGGAGGAGGAGCGAGGGGUGAAAAGGAACCUGACCACACGUCUGAACAGAUAUCUACGCCUUCUUCUUUGGGCUGGACAGGUAGCUUGAGGAAGACGUGGGGCUCGAUCAGAGGCUUCCCGGCAGGACUGGCUGAGCAUCUUCCCGCUGCUUCUGACUUCAUCGUCCCCGCCACGGAAGGGUUUUCAGAUGACGGUGAUGAGAUUGGCCACGAAGGGCAAGCUAAACCCGCUUGGUCGGCUAGACAACCGCAGCAAGGAAAGGCCAGCCGAACUCCGUCCAUGGAUCAAUCGAAGCGAGGGCAUUCACCGCUACCUGCUCAGUGGACUGACCGAGCGACUUUCAACAAUAGUCCGAGCCAGAGCCGGAAUCAAAGCGCUGCUUCGCUGCAAGUCAAUGUGCCGGGUCCUAGCCGCAAGUCUAGCUCUGCGUCUCGCUCAUACCCCACAUCAUCGGCCAGUCUUGCGCCAGCGUCCGCCCCUGCCAUUCCAAUUUCUGGAGCACCGGGCUUUGACGCAAAUUCGACGAAGCGCUGGAACACAGGCUCCUGGUCCCUUUCAGCAGCGGGCGAGGCGGAAAGAAGUCGUCGACCCAUCGAAGUGAAGCUGAAUGGACGAUCAGAUGAUAUCGAGGGAGUCAUAACGAAUUGGCACGCCUCGCGAAUCCAGGCUUCUCUACCUGCCCGAUCGAGGUUGGGAAAGAGCUGGAAACUGCUGUACUCUUUGGAUCAACAUGGUAUCAGUCUUGGGACGCUGUACGGUAAUGUGGAGAAGGGACUUGACCCGAAGAGGAGUAGACCUCUUGGGGAGGAGGACAGGACGGAAGAGCAUGCGGAAGGCUGGAUGAGGGGCGCGAGUGGAGCUGCCAUGGCCGCUGCUACUGGGCGCUCCAUCUCACCUUCCAACACUAGUAGAAAUGGCAAGGUGAAAGCUGUGGGUGCAGGUCUACAGCUCCAAGAUGCUGGAAUCGUUGUGGCGGUUCAGGACGAAGAUGACAAUGUCUUUGGUGCCUAUGUGAACGAGCGACUGAGGCCUCAAGCGGGCUACUAUGGUAGCGGUGAAUGGUGCGUGCAUGGAGGAGAUGAGUUGACAGCAAGUCUGCCCGCACUCGUGCUGAUGCGAACCCCAUUUUGUGCUGUGCAGCUUUCUCUGGAGAACGUGUCGAGCACCAACUGACGAGGGUGUGGAUCUGACAGACGGGGCUGCAACAUCCGCCAGCGCUUCGCUCAAGGUGCAAACCUAUCCCUGGUCGGGAGCCAACGAUUACAUGGUGCUGACUCAGCCAGAAUACUUAUCCUUCGGAGGUGGAGAAGGAAGGUAUGGGCUUUGGAUAGAUGGCAAGUUGGAGAAGGGCAUCAGCUGUAGGUGCCCGGCUUUUGACAACGAUCCGCUUUGCGACGAUGCGCCGCCUGCUGCUCCCUUGGCUCGACGCAACAGCACGACCGAACAUCGCUUUGAUUGUGUGGGUUUGGAAGUUUGGGCCGUAGGAAUCGAUUAG